AUGGAACCUGGGACCUUCUCCAUGCCAAGCAAAUGCUCCACCACCAAGUCAUGGCUUGCUUGCUUGUGGGCUUCCUGCAUACAAGUUAAAGGAUUUACAACGCUGCGGUUUCUGAUUGAGCCGUCGGAUGCUGUCACCAUGCGAGGAGGUAACAUUUUGCUGAACUGCAUCGCAGAGUCAGAUCGUGGGCUUCCAGUCAUCAAAUGGAAGAAGGAUGGUGUGUUUUUGAACUUGGCAGUGGAUGAGAGAAGGCAGCAGUUUUCCAAUGGAUCUCUUUUGAUACAAAAUAUAGUCCACUCCAAACAUCAUAAACCAGAUGAGGGCCUUUAUCAGUGCGAAGCCUCUCUAGAAGGAAUCGGAGCCAUCAUUAGUCGGACAGCCAAAGUCUCAGUUGCAGGACCUUUGAGGCUUCUAUCCCAGACGGACUCUGUCACAGCUUUUGCAGGAGACACCAUUUUGUUAAAGUGUGAAGUUGUCGGAGAACCUAUGCCCACAGUCCACUGGCAAAGGAACCAAGAGGACCUGAUCUUGAGUCCUGGUGACACCCGUGUGGCAGUCCUACCUUCUGGAUCUUUACAAAUUAGUCGACUUCAUGCAGGGGACAGUGGGAUUUAUAGGUGCCUUGCAAAGAAUCCCGGAAGUUCCAAAACUGGAAACGAAGCAGAAGUUAGAGUUUUGUCAGAUCCCGGGCUGCACAGACAACAAUUUUUCCUGCAGAGACCGUCAAAUGUGGUAGUUAUAGAAGGAAAGGAUGCUGUGCUAGAGUGUUGUGUUUCUGGCUAUCCGGCGCCAACAUUUACGUGGAUGCGAGGAGAUGAAAUAAUCCCAUUCAGAUCUAAAAAAUAUUCAUUGUUGGCUGGCAGUAACUUACUGAUCGCGAAUGCAACAGAUGAUGAUUCUGGGACGUACACUUGUGUCGUCACCUACAAGGAGGAGAACAGUAGUGCUUCAGCAGAGCUAUCUGUUUUGGUUCCACCCUGGUUUAUAACACAUCCUUCAAAUCUCUAUGCCUAUGAGAGUAUGGACAUUGAGUUUGACUGUGCUGUCUCUGGUAAACCCAUCCCUACUGUGCAAUGGAUCAAGAAUGGAGAAGUUGUCAUUCCUAGCGAUUAUUUUCAGAUAGUGGGUGGCAGCAACCUGCGGAUUCUAGGCUUGGUAAAGUCAGACGAAGGUUUCUAUCAGUGUGUAGCCGAAAACGAUGCUGGGAACGCACAAACCAGUGCGCAGCUAAUCAUCCCCGAGCCCGCUAUCCCAAGCUCCAGUAUCCUCCCCUCUGCUCCCCGAGAUGUGGUCCCUGUUUUGGUCUCCAGUCGAUUUGUUCGUCUCAGCUGGCGCCCACCUGCAGAAGCGAAAGGGAACAUUCAGACCUAUACCGUUUACUUCUCCAGAGACAGUGUAAACAGAGAGCGAGCUCUGAAUACGUCACAGACGGGGAUACUCCAGCUUACUGUGGGAAAUCUAAAACCAGAAGAGACCUACACCUUCCGUGUCGUAGCUUACAAUGAAUGGGGACCAGGAGAAAGCUCACAGCCUAUCAAAGUGGCAACACAACCUGAAUUGCAAAUUCCAGGACCAGUGGAAAACCUGCGGGCUGUAUCUACCUCACCUACCUCAAUCCUUAUUACUUGGGAACCACCUGCCUAUGCAAAUGGCCCAGUUGAAGGCUAUCGAUUAUACUGUACUGAAGUAGUUACUGGGAAAGAACAGAAUAUAGAAGUUGAUGGCCUGUCAUACAAGCUGGAAGGGCUAAAGAAAUUCACCGAAUAUACCAUACGAUUUCUGGCUUACAAUCGUUAUGGACCUGGAGUAUCUACUGAAGAUUUGACAGUCAGGACACUUUCAGAUGUGCCAAAUGCUAUGCCUCAGAACAUCUCCUUGGAAGUGGUGAACUCAAAGAGUAUCAAAGUUAGUUGGCUACCACCACCACCAGGCACGCAAAAUGGAUUUAUAACUGGCUAUAAAAUCCGACACAGAAAGACUAUGCGGAGAGGCGACAUUGAAACACUGGAACCCAACAACCUCUGGUACUUGUUCACAGGUCUUGACAAAGGAAGCCAGUACAGUUUCCAGGUAGCAGCCAUGACAGCCAAUGGGACGGGACCUGCAUCAGAUUGGUAUACUGCCGAAACGCCCGAGAGCGAUCUGGAUGAAUCUCAGGUUCCCGAUCAGCCAAGCUCUCUUCAUGUCAGGCCUUUGUCAACCAGCAUCGUCAUGAGCUGGACGCCACCCCUGAACCCGAACAUUAUUGUGCGUGGAUACAUCAUUGGCUAUGGAGUGGGCAGCCCUUAUGCUGAGACUGUGCGCGUGGACAGCAAACAGAGAUACUAUUCUAUCGAGCAUUUGGAACCAAGUUCCCACUACGUCAUAUCUUUGAAAGCUUUCAACAAUGCCGGCGAAGGAGUUCCUCUCUAUGAGAGUGCGACGACCAGAUCUCUGACAGUCCCAGAUAUCUCCACUCCCAUGCUCCCACCAGUAGGUGUCCAGGCUGUUGCGUUAACCCACGAUGCUGUGAGGGUCAGCUGGGCAGACAACUCUGUCCCAAAGAAUCAGAAGAUGACAGAAGUUCGGUUCUACACAGUCCGAUGGAGAACCAGCUAUUCCACAAGCGCUAAAUACAAGUCAGCAGAUACAACAGCCUUGAGUCACACAGUGUCCGGUCUGAAGCCAAAUACAAUGUAUGAAUUUUCUGUCAUGGUAACAAAAGGUCGAAGGUCAAGCACAUGGAGUAUGACUGCUCAUGCCACUACCUACGAAGCAGCCCCAACCUCUGCUCCCAAGGAUUUGACAGUCAUUACUCGAGAAGGCAAGCCUCGAGCCGUCAUCGUCAGCUGGCAGCCUCCGUUAGAAGCCAAUGGCAAGAUUACUGCUUACAUUCUGUUUUACACUUUGGACAAGAAUUCUCCGAUUGAUGACUGGGUCAUGGAGUCUAUCAGCGGUGACCGGCUUACUCAUCAGAUCAUGGACCUCAAUCUCGACACAGUAUAUUACUUUAGAAUACAAGCCCGCAACGCCAAAGGAGUGGGUCCUCUCUCGGAUCCUAUUCUCUUCCGGACUCUAAAAGUGGAGCAUCCGGACAAAAUGGCCAAUGACCAAGGUCGUCAUGGAGAUGGAGCCUAUUGGCCAGUUGACACAAACUUGAUUGACAGAAGCAGCCUUAACGAACCUCCCAUUGGACAGAUGCAUCCUCCCCAUGGAAGUGUGACACCCCAGAAGAACAGCAAUCUCCUGGUCAUUAUCGUGGUCACCGUUGGGGUUGUUACCAUCGUGGUGGUGGUGAUUGUAGCUGUGAUUUGCACCAGGCGUUCGUCUGCUCAGCAGAGGAAAAAACGUGCUACUCAUAGUGCUGGCAAAAGAAAGGGCAGCCAGAAAGACCUGAGACCUCCAGAUCUUUGGAUCCACCACGAAGAGAUGGAGAUGAAGAAUAUCGAAAAGCCAUCGGGUUCUGACCCAGCAGGGAGGGACUCACCGAUGCAGAGCUGUCAAGACAUCACUCCGGGCAGCCACAGCCAAUCUGAAACCCAGAUGGGCAGCAAGAGUGCCUCACAGUCUGCACCCGAUACGGAAGAGGUGGGAAGCAGCAUGUCCACAUUGGAACGCUCUCUUGCUGCCCGCAGAGCGACCCGUGCCAAGCUUAUGAUUCCAAUGGACUCACAGCCCAGCAAUCCUUCUGUAGUGAGUGCUAUCCCAGUCCCGACGCUAGAAAGUGCACAGUACCCAGGAAUCCUGCCAUCUCCCACAUGCGGCUACCCACAUCCUCAGUUCACCCUCCGACCGGUACCAUUCCCAACACUAUCAGUGGAUCGAACUUUUGGAACAGGAAGAACCGUGAAUGAAGCACCAGCCCCUCAGCAGACAACUAUGCUACCCCAGACCCAGCCUGAACAUUCCAACAGCGAGGACGCACCCAGCAGGACAAUUCCGACCGCGUGUGUCCGGCCCACACAUCCACUCCGCAGUUUUGCCAACCCCUUGCUACCUCCACCAAUGAGUGCAAUAGAACCGAAAGUUCCUUACACACCACUUUUGUCUCAGACAGCAUCCAACCUUCCCAAGGCUCAGGUUAAGACAGCAUCCCUUGGUCUGGCCGGAAAGGCAAGAUCCCCUCUGCUACCUGUCUCAGUACCGACAGCCCCAGAAGCCUCAGAAGAGGGUCACAAACAAACAGAGGAUCCAGCAAAUGUAUAUGAACAGGACGAUCUGAGUGAACAAAUGGCUAGUUUGGAGGGGCUAAUGAAGCAGCUUAAUGCUAUCACAGGCUCAGCCUUCUGA